AUGAUUGGCCUCAACACCACCGUGCCUCAGGUGGCGGCUGAUGACUACACCGUCACCGUCACCAAGGUGCAGAUUUCCGAUUGGUGCCACCACCUGGACUGGACCGAUGCUGACGAAGAGUGGGCGUGGAACUUCAUCGUCGACGGGGAGAGCCGGUGCGUGACGGGCCGCACCGACAACAGCCUGCCCUGGGAGCAAGCGCUCCAGUGGGAGGCCGACUUCACGACACAGAGCUCGCAGCUCACGCUCAAGAUCGACGCCUGGGAGAAAGACGCGCCCGGCGCGAUGUGCGUGUGGGCCAACGGCGACUACCCGACCAAGCGCGUGCAGAGCGAGAUCGUCUUCCCCCCCAUGACCGCGGGCCAGGAGGCCAACUGGACCAAGUCCAUGACCUUCGCCUACACGGACAACAUGCGGGGAUACACCUGCAGCACCACCGUCCAAGGCAACGUGGCCAAGCUGACCUCCACCACCGUGACGGAGGGAGAGCCGCGGAUCACGGCAGCCACAAUUGUCCUGGCCGGCGGCAUCCCGCGGCUGCGCAUCUCCGGCAAGGAGCUCAACCCGGACCCGCAGGAGUCGCCCGUGGUGCAGGUCACCGCCGACGGCGGUGGUGGGAGCACCACUGGCUGCAUCUCCAGCUCCAUCGUCGCCUCCGCCGUGCAGAUCACGUGUGACCUGGUCAAGCCCGAAUCGGCCGUGGUGAGCUCGCUCGACCUGCAGGUGCAGGUGCAGACGCGCUUCGGCCUCUCGCGCAUCGCCACGGCGGCCUUCGCCCAGUGCGGACAGGAGUGCCAGAACGGUGGCGAGUGCUGGUGGUCGAAGGACAUCGCCGACGUCGAGUGCGUGUGCCCCGAGCUCUACUACGGCGACUGGUGCCAAAACGAGUAUUCGAAGGAUGAGCCGAUUCUGCUGUCGACAGCGCCCUUGGGCGGCGACUACACGCUGGAGACCGAGACAGUGAUCGCUCUCGAGGGUCGCGUGAUCCCCGAACUCACUCUGGCGAUGUCGGCCCGCUGUCAGGUGUCGCGCGGCAUGCCGGGCCAAAUCACGGUGGGGGACUACCGUAUGAUUCAGAAAGAUGACGUCGUGUGGGAGGGUCCCGUGGUGCCUACUGGCGGCCGAUUUGUGGCCCAGUCGGACUCGCUCACCAUCGGCGGCCUGUGCGUCAUGCCGCCCGGCCAUUUGGCGGCCUACAUGCGCAGCAAGGAUCCCGACGGCACGCUGUCGCACCUGAAGGUGGCCGUGGUGUGGGCGGCAGCAGCCAACGGGAGCAGCCUGCGGCGGGAGUCCAAGGCCAAGGGCACCUUCAUGCUCUACGGGCCGCUCGACAUGGCGAGCUCGAUGGUGAGGGCCGUGGGCAACGAGGCCGACGGGGGCGAGAUGCGGGUGCUGCGCGAGCAGAGCGUGCGGGUGAGCCUGCUCGACAAGAAGGGGCGCAACCGGGUGGGCGGCGAGGACGCCGACCUGUUCUUCCUCGACUUUUCCUCCGGCCCUUCGCUCCAGCCCCAGGCGGGCGUGGACGGAGGCGUGGCCAAGCAGUUCCGCUAUGCGGGGUGCCGCAAGAACGAGGACGACCCGUCGUGCGCCUACUACGAGUUCACCAUGACGUUCCUGUUUUCCGGCACCUACCGGGCCACCGUGCUGGCCUUGGCCAGCGGGGACAGCCGGCUGGUGGAGCUCAACAAGCAGGAGCUGAUGUUCGAUGUGCAGGGUAUGGGCGACUUGGCGCUGCCGGCUGCGCUGCCGCUCUUCGACACGAACCUCGCCCAAACGGUGUCGCCCAACACGGGCGCGGCCGACAGGUUGGGCGUGCUCGAGGGUCUGUUCGAGCGCGUCCAGGGCAAGUGGUUCAGCCAGCGGCAGACGGUGAGCGUGGCCUUCGAGAGCGGGCCGUCGGAGGUGUCCAUGGGCUCGGUGCACACGGUGCUCGCCCAGGGCAUCGACGACCCCUUCUUCUGCGACACCCACACCGACCAGCUCAAGGCCGGGGUGAUGACAAGGUCGCUCAAGCCGUGGCGAAAGGUGGGCAACGUGCCGCGCCAGUUCGCCCUCUCGAGCGUGAGCGUGGGCGAGGCCGAGUGCGUGAGCUCGGUGAGCGUCAACGUGGUGCUGGUGCACAACGCGCCCGACGACGUCCGCAUCACGCUCACGCGCGUGGGCAAGCAGAGCGCAGCGCCUCGGGCCACCAACAUCAGCACCACCAUCGUCCUCAAGGACUUUGGCACCGCCACCAUGCCCCAGGAAAUCACGUUCAGAACGGUGCCGGGGCUGAGCGCGUUGGCGGGCCGGCCUGUGCGGGCCGACUGGGUGCUCGACGUCCAACAGCGAGCGGGCUCCACGGGCAAGGGUUUCGUGCGCGACUGGGGGCUCAACGUUGCCUCUGACAACUGCCUCAAUCUUGAAGGCGGCCCUGCGAUCUGCGGCUUCGGUCCAGGGCAGCUGUUCGCGCGCGGCGCCACCGACGACGACGACGUGCACCUGGAGUGCCCCGCCGGCGGCAUCAUCACCGAGAUC